AUGGCCGCACAUUUUACAGAAUGGCGCAAAUUGCCCAUCAGUCUGAGUGAGCUCUGUAUCAAUACCACGUUGAGAUGCGGCCAAUCUUUCAGAUGGCAGCAAACGUCGGACAAUGACGAAUGGCGGUGCGUCCUUCGCGGGCGUCUCAUAUCAUUGCGACAGGACCCGUCGUACUUGUAUUAUCGAUCUUGCGCUGCCCGAAAACCCCUGGUUACGCCUUCGCUUCCGACGAAUGGUACAGUAAACGCAUCAGACGAAACGCGCGAAAUAGUCACUCAUUACCUCAACCUGACGUCCAACCUUACCGAUCUAUACGACCAAUGGUCUGGCUCCGACCCUAAUUUCAAGAAAAAAGCGCCCAACUUCACGGGCAUCCGUAUUCUACGACAGGAUGCCUGGGAGGCUCUGGUGUCAUUUAUAUGCAGUAGUAACAACAACAUAGCCCGCAUAUCGCAAAUGGUAGAGAAACUCUGCACAAAUUACGGUGAUCUGGUGGCUACCAUUGACGAUCGAUCCUACCACGAUUUCCCACCACCAGAAGCUUUGACAGGCAAGGAUGUUGAAGCACGACUUAGAGAAUUGGGGUUUGGUUAUCGUGCGAAAUAUAUAUAUCAGACUGCGAUUAUGGUUUCAGAAAAGGAAAAGGGAUGGUUAGACUCUCUGCGCAAUCCUGAGAGUCCUGCGUUUGGCUGUGCGCCGAGCCCGGGAGGAGAAAUGCGUCCUGAAGGUAGAGAGGGAUAUCGCGACGCACAUGAAAAACUUCUCGAACUACAAGGCGUCGGGCCUAAGGUGGCUGACUGCGUUUGCUUAAUGGGUCUUGGCUGGGGAGAAGCAGUACCGGUCGACACACACGUCUGGCAAAUUGCGCAACGAGAUUAUAAGUUCGGCAAGGGCGGUAACAAGUCCUUGACGAAAGCCACCUACGAUGCCGUUGGAGCACACUUUCGCAAACUCUGGGGCAAAGAAGCCGGGUGGGCUCAUAGUGUUUUGUUUACGGCAGAUCUCAGAAGUUUUUCUGAUCGGCUGGCUACUAAGGUGGAGGUUAAAGUCAAGCAGGAAGAUGAUGUGCCGGUGAAGACGACUAUUACAUCUACGGUUGCUGUUAAGCGGCCACUUGAAGACGAUGAUACCAAGCCGGUUAAGAAAGAAGAUCUUGUUGUCCAGGCAGCCGAGACGGUGGUUACUCGCAGGAGAUCCAAACGGCAACUCACUCUGAAGAUCUCCAAUGUAUAUGUAAUGUCUCCGGAUCUUUCGGUGGAAGAAUUGGAGUAA